AUGUUUAUUCCGAGCAAAAAUAUUGAAAGUUUUUCUGGCAAGCUAAUUCUUGCAGUUCCUUCUGAAGGAUGCAUCGGGCAACGCGCUGUUGACUCAAUUCUUUCCGACGAGGGAAACAACUUUGAGUUUUACGGAUCCUUCGAUGCGACAUCAAUACAGCCCAUGGUCGGCCGCGUGGAAAACGGUCGCGUGGUGACAUGUAUGGAAUUAUUUUUCUCGCCGACGACGGAAAUCGGUCUCGUUCAGCUCAGAGCGCCGCCGCUAUCGAAUUCCAGUUUCUGCGCCGAGUUUAUUCCUUGGUUCCGCGCAUCAGGCUUCGAGAAGUUGAUUUUACUCGCAGGAGUCCAAUGCUCAUUCCCACUACCGCAAGUAGUCGUCGUCAGUCCUGAAGAUCAUGAGAAUGUACAAUACAUCACUGAAGAUUUCCUCAACUCCUCGAUUCGUCGAGCUGGCUUCUCAAAGAAAAUGGUGGCUCAACUAAACUCUGUCGAUUUAAUAAUGUCGCCAAACAUUGCAGAUCUUUCACAUAUCUUGCGAACUUGCUCCUCGCUGUAUAAAGUGAAAUGCGCGGAUGCACUUUCUUUAGAAAAACUUUCUGUGCAAGAUUCGGUCUACUAG